AUGCUGGAGUUUGAGCUGACGACAAUGCGUAUUGCUGCGGAUUUAAACGUCACAUCACGUGAGGUUCAAUUGGUGCACCACGCGGAUAAUAGUUACGUGAUGCCAAACACUACAAAAUUGAAAUUUGCUCCCGACAUUGCACUUAAACCGGACCCAAUGAAACCGUUUUGUGAAGCGGCUGUCCAGUCCAAAAUGGAGUAUCGGCAAGGAAGCGCUGCCUGCCAGAUGCUUGAGUUCCAAACCCUGGACGAAUCAGCCACCACCAGUCGAUCACCGGUCGCAUUUCGAGGAAGUGAUAGUUUUGGCAACACGCUCAUCAACCUCCCGAAAAGAGUUUUCGUGACCUUCGAGGGAGAUCCUGCCCGCUACUGGCUCUUCAUUCGCUGUUUCGAGGCAAAUAUCCUAAAAUCCACAGCUGAUCCAACAAUGAGGCUCUCCUUCCUGGUCCAAUAUUCUUCCGGCGAGGCCAAAAGAGCCAUCGAAAGCUGUCUAAUAAUGGAUCCUGAGGAGGGAUUUACCGAAGCUCUCAACAUCUUGCGAAAGUGGUUUGGAAGGCCACACAUGCUAGCCAGGGCGCACGUCGAUGCCCUGAUGGAUGGCCCCGCGAUCAGACCAAACGAUUUCGCAACCCCAUGGAGACUAGCUGGGGAGCUUCGUACCUGCUACACCGCCUGGAAGCAAUUAGAGUAUGAAUCAAACAUAAAUGCUUCUCGGACCAUUGGUGCCCUUGUGAGACAUCUACCCACUCAUACUCAGUUUAAGUGGGCGGAACACGCCGUUAGGUGCAUGAGUGCUAACAGAGAGCAACGAUUUUUGGAUCUAAUCAAAUUUGUCGAGGAGACAACCGGCGUCGUGGACACCUUUCUCUCCUUCGCACCGAGACCAACUACCGGGACUUCAACUAUCGUGGACAAAGUUGGCAAUUCUAGACCUCGAGGUCCCUCAGCUCAUAUUCUCGCUACAUCUGGUUCCGAAAGGUCUUAC